GCGUCGUCUACAAGUGGCUACAGCUCAGACUUUUGACUGCGGUUUUGUCUAUUGGCUAUGGCCAAGGUCGACGCCCGCCAGAAACGAAACGGGAGAGCUGAUCAUGGAUGUCGGAAGCGUGCAGUCGGUGCUAGCUCAAAAUCCAUGCCGGGAAAAGCAAGUGGAGACGAUAUUGACAGCAAUGGGUCAUCCGCUCGGCGGACCCUGCCAAUGCAUCUUUGUCUACGGCCACGCGUCCACCGGCAAGACGCGCACUGUGCACAGUAUCAUGAAAACACUGAACUUGCGGCAUGCCUUUGUAAGUGGCCUGGAGGCUUACACUCCCCGGCUGCUGUUUGGGGCUGCACUGAGCCAGCUGUUUGGGAGUACUGAUGCCUGUGACAACUUGUGCGACUUUGUGAGACACCUUGCAGAAGGGUUGCCUGAAACACUCCCUGCUUACAUUGUUGUGGACCAGGCUGAGAGACUACGCGGCCAAGGUCUGCUGGGGGCACUGGCACGUCUGCGAGAGCUGUCAGGGCGGCCUUUGUGCUGUAUACUGAUCUCUCGUGUUCCUUGGGAAAAGUUCCGGGAGGCGGGCGUCAGUUCGCCCUACCGCGUCCACUUCCCGCAGUACACUGCUUCGGAGCUCAGCCAGCUGUUGGGUGGUGAUACGCUGCUGCCCACUGUACUGGGGGGAACCACUCUCAGCCUGCGGGAACUGCAACAUGCUGCAGCUGGCAUUGGCAUCACCCCUGAAGGUGACGGCAGUGCUUCCUGGCGGAAAGAGGUGGCAUCACGCCUCCGCCAGCGUCUCCAGUCUGUCUACCUUCGAGAGAGCAGUGGAAGCCAGCAGCCUGUUCGAAUCGAGCUGCCAUUCCAUGCACGGUUCUUAUUGCUGGCAGCUUACCUGGCUUCGUACAACCCUCCGGGCACAGACCGCAAGUUCUUUGUCAAGGCACGAGGUCCAGGUACCAAACGGCAGAAAAAGUCCAACCACCUGAGCCAGCACUUGCUGGGUCCCAAGCAAUUUCCCCUCAACCGGCUGGUGGCCAUUUUCCACGCCAUUGUGGAUGAACAUGUGGCCCCCUCUGCAGUAACCCUUGCCCAGGUGGAAAGCCUGGUCUCGCUUCGUCUGCUGGUACGAGUGAGUCGGGAAGAACAGCUGAGCACGCCUCGCUACAAGUGUCUUGUUGACCUGGACUUUAUUCGUGCUGUGGCAAGGACAGUUGCAUUCGACAUUUUGGGGCACCUGAAUGACUUUGCCUGCUGAAAAUUCACCAGUCAACAUAGCAGCUCAAGUUCAAGAAGAGGCCAACGUGCCACAAGCUGCUCAGUGCUUCGGUGGUGUUUUCACUGACAAAACUGCAUUUCUGCUCACCUACACAUGUACAGCACAUAGUACCAUCCACUUCUUUCAAGAUUUUUCGUCCGGUGUUUAAUGUGAAAUCUUCUUUCAUUUUCAGAAAUGAACACUUUUGUUUCGUG